AUGGGUACUCCAGGUAAACCUUACACUGGGUACCUCAGGAAACCUUACACUGCGUACCUCAGUUAUGGUAGUGAUGUUGUUGGUGAUAGUUAUGGUAGGGAUAUCGUUGAUGACGGUGAUAGUUAUGGUAGUGAUUUCGUUGAUGACGGUGAUAGUUAUGGUAGUGAUGUCGUUGAUGACGAUGACAGUUAUGGUAGUGAUGUUGUUGGUGAUAGUUAUGGUAGUGAUAUCGUUGAUGACGGUGAUAGUUAUGGUAGUGAUGUCGUUGCUGACGGUGAUAGUUAUGGUAGUGAUGUCGUUGAUGACGAUGACAGUUAUGGUAGUGAUGUUGUUGGUGAUAGUUAUGGUAGUGAUAUCGUUGAUGACGGUGAUAAUUAUGGUAGUGAUGUCUUUGAUGCCGGUGAUAGUUAUAUUAGUGAUGUCGUUGGUGACAGUAAUAGUUAUGGUAGUGAUGUCGUUGGUGACAGUUAUAGUUAUGGUAGUGGUGUCGUAGGUGACAGUGAUAGUUAUGGUAGUGAUGUCGUUGAUGCCGGUGAUAGUUAUAGUAGUGAUGUCGUUGGUGACAGUAAUAGUUAUGGUAGUGAUGUCGUUGAUGCCGGUAAUAGUUAUGGUAGUGAUGUCGUUGGUGAUAGUAAUAAUUAUGGAAGUGAUGUCGUUGAUGACAGUAAUAAUCAUGGUAGUGAUGUCGUUGAUGACAGUAAUAGUUAUGGUAGUGAUGUCGUUGAUGCCGGUAAUAGUUAUGGUAGUGAUGUCGUUGGUGAUAGUAAUAAUUAUGGAAGUGAUGUCGUUGAUGACAGUAAUAAUCAUGGUAGUGAUGUCGUUGAUAACGGUGAUAGUUAUGGUAGUGAUGUCGUUGCUGACGGUGAUAGUUAUGGUAGUGGUGUCGUUGGUGACGGUGAUAUUUAUGGUAGUGGUGUCGUUGGUGACGGUGAUAUUUAUGGUAGUGGUGUCGUUGGUGACGGUGAUAGUUAUGGUAGUGAUGUCGUUGAUGACAGUGAUAGAUAUGGUAGUGAUGUCGUUGAUGACAGUAAUAGUUACGGUUGUGAUGUCGUUGAUAACGGUGAUAGUUAUGGUAGUGAAGUCGUUGAUGACGGUGAUAGUUAUGGUAGUGGUGUCGUUGGUGACGGUGAUAGUUAUGGUAGUGAUGUCGUUGAUGACAGUGAUAGAUAUGUUAGUGAUGUCGUUGGUGACAGUAAUAGUUACGGUUGUGAUGUCGUUGAUGACGGUGAUAGUUAUGGUUGUGAAGUCGUUGAUGAUAGUAAUAGUUAUGGUAGUGAUGUCGUUGAUGACAGUAAUAGUUAUGGUAGUGAUGUCGUUGGUGACAGUGAUAGUUAUGGCAGUGAUGUCGUUGAUGACGGUGAUAGUUUUGGCAGUGAUGUCGUUGUGACGGGGAUAGUUAUGGUAGUGAUGUCUUAUGGUAGUGAUGUCGUUGGUGCCGGUGAUAGUUAUGGUAGUAGUUAUGGUAGUGGUGUCGUUGGUGACGGGGAUAUUUAUGGUAGUGGUGUCGUUGGUGACGGGGAUAGUUAUGGGAGUGAUGUCGUUGAUGACAGUGAUAGAUAUGGUAGUGAUGUCGUUGGUGACUGUAAUAGUUACGGUUGUGAUGUCGUUGAUGACGGUGAUAGUAAUGGUAUUGAAGUCGUGGAUGACGGUGAUAGUUAUGGUUGUGAAGUCGGUGAUGACAGUAAUAGUUAUGGUAGUGAAGUCGUUGAUGUGGUUGUGAAGUCGUUGAUGAUAGUAAUAGUUGUGGUAGUGAUGUCGUUGAUGACAGUAAUAGUUAGGGUAGUGGUGUCGUUGAUGACGGUGAUAGUUGAUAGUUAUGGUAGUGAUGUCGUUGGGGACAGUAAUAGUUACGGGUGUGAUGUCGUUGAUGACGGUGAUAGUAAUGGGAGGGAAGUCGUUGAUGACGGUGAUAGUUAUGAUAGCGAUGUCGUUGAUGACGGUGAUAGUUUUGGCAGUGAUGUCGUUGUGACGGGGAUAGUUAUGGUAGUGAUGUCGUUGGUGAGGUUGUGA